AUGAGCGGAUCAGUAAAGUUGGCCAAAUCAGUAACAUUAAAAUCCAAAAAAUCGAAAAACAGUUGCGAGAAAACAAAAUCUAUCAAAGGCCUCAAACCAGACUGCCUAAGAGCAACGAAAUCUGUUAAAUCGGAGAAACUUAUCGGUGUAACCGACAUCGACGGUGAGAAUGAAACGUGCGCGGUGCCCAAAAUAACUCGUCCGUACAGGCCAAAAUGGAAUAAAUGUGCGAAUCAAUCACAAUGGGAUUGCAAAAACGAUUCUCUAUGGCGGUCAUACAUGAAAACAUUAACAGCCGACGCGAGUAAGCGUAUCGCAGAACAGAGAGAAGCCAAAUGCUUGUAUCCCGAUAGAAAGCGCAAGCAAUUUGACGUUCCGUGCUUGCCAUGCCCCCCCAAGUUAUCGUUUCGUUACGAGCUGAAUGCUCUGAACCAAGGAAGACGAAUUAUCGAUGUUUUAGGACCAACUACCGCUGGUGUUUGGGAUUCCUUACGUGAUCCACGAUCGUGCAUUGAUUCUUCAAGUGUCGCAAGCAGUGAAUUCGACUGGCCACGACUCUACCCGUGCACAACUCGGGAUAUAGUUAAAGAACGAAAGAUCCUCGCUAGAAGAGUGAAAAUGAGGAUGUUGGGCGCGUCGCCGUGCGAAGUCGACGAAAUCGAUUCACCAGAAUCAAGCGAGGACGAAAUGCAACGAGAACUGGCACAUCAAAAGGAGCUCGGCCUCGCUCGUAUUCCAUUCACCUAUCGCAAAGACGACGAUCCCCAGCUCGUCGAUCGUGACAUUGGCGAUACGCCAGGUCUCGUCUACGGCGACUACGUGAUUUUUCAAUUAACCUCGCAAAAAUGUGGCGACAGGACUUACGCCAACGUCUGCUUGAGAGGAACGACGGGCAUGCAUCUGGCUGAGUUGGGACGUGCUCGAGAGAAAACUUGGAAAUUUUGCGUGUUCCAAGCUCUUGUCGCUUUACUCGCGAAGACUCAGCUUAGGUAUAAAUACGUGUGGAGUGCUAAUGUCGAUUACAUCUACAAUCAGGCUUGGAUGAUUUUUCUGCACGUCGGCUAUUUGACUCUGAGAGACACUCAGCGAUUCGACGAUGUGCUAGUUUACAAUUACAAAUAUAGCGUGGAGCUGCAACUCGUGCACGAAUUGAAAAAAGUGCGCAUUGUGCAAGACGUAACUUUCGACUACUUUGAGAAAACGAUGAAGAAAAAACGACAGUUGCGGAGGAAAGAGAUGACGUUGACGAAAAGUAAUUUCAGCACGGAAAAAACGCGCGACGAGUAUGGUGCUACCGUGCACAGGGAAACUAGGAGGAUUGAAAAGUGGUUUGAUAAUUUGGAUGACGUAUACUCGAAUUGUAUAUUCAGAACGUCAAGAUUCACACUGGCAUUCUGGAAAGACGGUAGCUUCUGGUAUCUUUACAACCCCUACCGUUGCGACGAAUUUGGCUUCUGGAAUGACGACGGUUUCGCAUGUUUCGUGAAAUUCUGCUCGCGCGACUCGCUCAAACGUCAUCUAGUUAUUCUAACGCUCCGAGCUUACGCAUACGAAUGCGAGGUGCAAAAUACAGACGAUUAUUACUCGGAAAGUGUGACGACAAAGUCGUACGCGAGCUCAAUGGGCAAGAGAAAGAGAUUCACCUUACAGAUUUAUCAGUUGAUCUAUCAUUCGUGUCACAUUCAUAAUGUGAAGUUAUUGUUGCGCGAACCUCGGAAACCAAAGCCACAGCUCAUUGAGAAGAAGCAGAGCGAAUUGUGUACCUUCGAUCCACUAGAAGAGGUGAAUCCUUGCGAUGAGCCAAAGGACGAUAUAAGUGAUGUAAGUUUUUUUUAUCAUUGCAAAAAAAACAUACGCAUGGAAAAGUUUGAAUGGCUAGAAGAUGAGAUCAUCUGGGCGAGAUACCCAACACCAGCGAAGCCACGCUGCGGUCCGGGAGCCGAUAAGCUACCGAAAUGGCAUAAUUACGAGAUAGUCUCAUCGAAGAGGCUUUACAUUCUUUGGGGCACGAAGCAUAUCUUACAAAAGACUUUCCCCGAAGAGAAUAGAGGCAAGCAAGCAGCUACUUGUUACGCUGUUUGCGCAGGCAUGUGUUUGAUUAACGCACCCGAGUUCUGGGACGCAGAGACGCUGGAUGACAUUGUUAUUUGCGGCGACAAGUUUUACAGCGAGCGGUAUGGAAAGUUGAAAGAAGUAUGCGUUAAGAUUAUCAAAGGCAAUCUACCGGUAGACGACUGGGACGAGCGACCGACUGAUAAAUUCCGAAUCGGCAACAUGACGUUUGACUUAGAAGCUAAAUCGGCUAUUCACGGCCGACUAUACUUUAAGAGCAACCGGUGCCUCUGGCAGACUCUUCAGCGAUUCUUCCAGAACAAUACUUUUGGCGUACUCACGUGCGAAAGUGCUCAAUUGGCAGUUUUCAAACACUACGGUGUUUAUUUCAUGCUGGACGUUGCGUCCUAUGGUCCACCAAUUUUCGAAAGAGGCGCGGCUAUGGCGUACUUGAUACGAGCUACUUGUUUCGUCGAUUUCAUGAAAAAUUUAGUGCUGGUGAUUGGCGCACCCGAGUGUUGCAAAUUCACUUUGAGACCAAUGGAGAUCGUCGAUACUGUGGAUUUGAGUGACGUUGAUGAGUGCGGCAGGAUUAGGUGGGAAAAGUGCGAGGAAAAACCAGUUGAGCUUUUCAAGCCGAUUUGUCCGACAGGUAACGAUAAGAAAGGCAAGAAAACGGGCACUAAAUUGGCGGGUGGCACGAAGACUUUUGAUCAGACUGCUUGCGUGGAAAGAAGUUCCAAAUCUACGUGCUCGGAAAUAGUUUGA